AUGGCGUCCGAGAGGUUGACGGCGGCCAUGAGCGCGUUGGAAGCGUCGCUGGAUGAUUUUUCUGCGUUUUGUUUGAAGAAGGGAAUUGAGGUGACGGAUGGGAUCAAGUACAUGCCCAUGACUGACGCGCCGCCAGCUUCGACGCCGGCCUCGCCGCAGCAAUUGCCGCCCAGUGCAGCCACGACCCGUCCGCCGCUCAGGCAGCAAGGCAGCCGGGAAGCAGCCGGGCCCAGCCCACUUAGCAGCCCCCUUGGCAAAGUGCGCACCAACCGCACUGCAUCCUUGGCGCAGCUGCCUUCAUUUGCCUCGUCAUCUCCCACGGAGCAGCGUUCUCGUCCAGGCUAUCGCUCCAAAUCCGUCUCUGCCUCACCAGGCGAAGGGGGCAGUGUCACGCCGAACCGCAAAAAUGCCAUUGCAACACGCCUUGUCGAGUCUUCCCCUGCGCAUUCUUCCCCCGCCAGUCCAGGCACCGGCCUGGUGUCGCUUCGUCUUCUUGAGAAGGCUUGUCCAGAGUUUCACAGCAUUGAUCGCCAUACGGCUGGAGAAAUGCUGAAGAAGCGGGGUCGGGGCUCGUACCUCUUUCGUUGCAGCUCAAUACCGGGCACCAUCGCCCUCUCCUGUUUCAGUACGCAGGGCGAGCUCACACACAUCAACAUUGUCGUCUCAAACGAUCCCGUUAUCUUUACGGUCCGUGCUCCUGCUCAGUUCGCCACCAUCCCACCCAUGGGCCCAGACGGCCUGGGCUCCUCUCAUUGCACAGCUACCCACUCUGUACAGGUGAGCGAAGGAGAUCAUCAUGCAAGUUACCGGAGUUUGUCCAACCUGCUCGAGUGCCUGCGAAAGUCCAACCCCCACUACGAGCUCAAAACCCCCAUCAGUCGUGAAGCGUGA